UUCUCAAGCUCGUAACUCCCGAUGCCAUUGCUUGGUUCGGCGUAAGCAUCCCCGUUAGGAGUCUAGUGUGGAACACGACACGUGUAGCUCCUUCACGGACCUCGACAUUUGGGGCUAGGCAUUUGCGCGAAGACCGCCUUAUCCAGUCGCUACGCUGAUUCAGCCGCUAGCUAAGGCCUGUGUUCCUAAUACUCUCACCCCAUGGCGGCCACCAUGUCUCUCACGCGACUCCCUCUCCGCCAAUCACCUGCAUCCCUCUCAUCUUCACAAUGCCGCCUUUCCCGGGCUCUGCCAAACCCCGCUUCAAGUGUCUCGGUUCGGUUCGGACCAACCAGGCAUGUAGGCAUCCGAGCCUCCGCCGAGCCUGAACCGUCCCAAGCCUCCGACACCACGCCAGCGGCGGCCGACAAGACAGCGGCUGGCAAGGGCUUCGGGAAGGCCCCGCAGCCGGCAGUGGUUCGGCGGGCGGCGCCGACCCAGCCGCUAUUGUCGACGAAGCCGAUGGGCGAGGAGGAGAAGCAAGCGGCGGAGAUCGAGACGGCCGUAGUGGUGUCCCUGGGGUUCGCGUUCCUUCUCAUCAUUCUAGAGGGACUCUUCCUCGCCGCUGCCGGCUUCCUCUCGGAGGACUUGGACCAGUUUGCCAUGGAUGUGGUGUACCCUGCUUUCUCCCCCACUGUGGCUGUCUUCCUGCUGGGAGCCACGGCGUAUGGCACCUUCAAGGUCGUUGGCAUAGGCAAGAAGGAAUAGGUUGGGUUUGAGACUCCUUCCUUACCACCUCAGCAUACAGGGGACUGUGAAGCCUAAUGCAGUGGCAGGCGGGCUUAGGGUAGGUGUAAGGGAAGGUAUCACCCCCCUUACUGACUAAACAGAAUAGGCACAAGCUUCGCUAUAAGAUGAGAUUGCUCAAGCCACAAUGUA